AUGGCCACGACGCCGUCCGAACAGAAGCGCAGCUCGACUGGCAGUCGCGUGUUGGGCAUGACGGGCCCAGCAGGCGAGCCCGGCCUGCCACCCUCGCGACCGUCGUCGAUUGCGACUGCCAAUUCGGGCAGCCAGAACAGAUGGUCCCAGGCCAGCCCUGCACGACGAGGCGGCGGCAUGAGCGUCGCCGGCAGUCUAGGACACAGCCGCCCAACCACGUCUGCCAGUAGAACCCAUGUUCCGCUGGCAGCCCACGGCUUCUUUCGCCCCAUGAGCUCGCAGCGUCUUCAACAACAACGCAACCAGCGCCCCAAUUCCCUCCUCGGCCACGGCUCGCUCUAUUCCGACGCUACACACGAAACGGGCAGCAAUCCGUACCGCCAGAGUACAGGCUCUACGCAAACAAUUCGGCACGGCGCCCCAACCCUGGGCCUCCAUCACGAGCUGGACCCGCAGCCUCCGCCGUCGCGCGGCACCGACAUCACCGAUAGAGACAUGCCCGACCGCACCACAGCCAACACCACGCCCACGGGCGCAGAAACAGUGCGCAGUCGAGGCGAGAGCAUCACUCCCCUGCAGCGACCCAGGCCUCAGCACCUGGAUCUCUCCAAUGUUCAUGGCCACGAUCCCGGCAAGCUCCCAACGCCCAGCAAAUCGCCCCGCUCUUUCGGUUCCAGCUUCAUGUUGUCCAGUCGCGACGGACGCUCAGCCCAAAUACGACCCCAUCAAGGACACGAGAAACUCACCUCUGCCGAGUCGUCACCCAGAAUAGCCCGCAAAGAAGCUACUAAGGAGGCAGUCAAGCGGGAGCUCGGCAGGAACUACCAGUACUUCUCUGGCAAUACCGCGUUUUGCUGGGGCGGUAGAUUACAAAAUACCCGCGACCGUCCAGUCAACGUCGCCACGGCAAUCCUCAUCAUCUUACCUGCUGGUCUUUUUUUCGGCUUCUCAUACUUCCGCGAAAUCUACAUCCAUUCCCCCCUCCUAAUCCUAAUGACGAUCCGCUCAGUCUCGGUCCGCCCACCACUGAGUGGACCAUGGUGGUCUCCGCAACCGGUACGAAUGCAGCUAUGGAGGUGCCGACGAAAUAUUGCAAGAGUUGCAACAUCUGGCGACCUCCACGUGCUCACCAUUGCCGUGUAUGUGACAAUUGCAUCGAGACGCAAGAUCACCAUUGCGUCUGGCUCAACAAUUGCGUGGGACGCCGCAACUACCGUUACUUCUUUGUCUUCGUGUCUUUUCCUCCUGGGCGCUAGUCUGGCACACAUACUAGUCUGGCGGGCGCAAACUGGAGCAUCCUUUGGCGAGGCCAUCGAUCGAUGGCGUGUACCCUUUGCCAUGUGUAUAUAUGGACUCCUCGGGUGGUCAUAUCCCUUCAGUCUUGGCAUAUACCAUCUGUUCCUGGUUGGUAGGGGCGAAACGACACGUGAAUAUUUGAACUCACACAAGUUCCUCAAAAAGGAUCGGCAUAGGCCCUUCACGCAGGGCUCCGCGUUAAAAAACUGGGUUGCUGUAUUACAGCGACCACGCCCACCGACCUAUCUCCAUUUCAAGAGAAAGUACGAGGAGGGCGACCAAAGGUUUGGCUCGCGCAAAGACAAACGGACUGCGCCUCUAGUGCCAGAGCAACAGGGCGGCGGGGUGGAGAUGCAGGAUGUUAGUGGGUCUGGGGCAUUCCAGGGCCCAGCCAGUAGGUCAGGACGUGACGCUGCAGACGCGACUGUGGCAUGA